AUGGCGAGAGCUGCCCCCGAAGAGGUUCGGCGGCGCUGGGAGGCGGAGAGGAGAGUGGACGAGGCCCGUGUCGCCGUGGUGCACGGGCUGGGGGGAUUGCCGACCCCGCCAAUGUUAUCAGAACGACCUGAAACCCCGCCGAAGCCGUUUACGACCAUCCCCUUCUCGCGCGACCGCGAUUUUGUCAACCGCGGAGACAUUCUUGAGCAAAUCGACCGGCGAUGUUCCGAGCCCCCCGCUCGCGUGGCCCUCGUCGGCUUGGGUGGUGUCGGCAAGUCACAACUGGCCAUCGAAUAUGCUCACCGACUCGCCACUCGCCAGCCUGACGCAUGGGUGUUCUGGGUCCACGCUGGAACUUACGCGCGCGUCGAAGAGGGGUUCAGGACGAUUGCCGACGCUGUAAAGCUGACCGGCCGAAACCUACCGAAAGCUGAUAUCCUACAGCUUGUGUACAGCUGGCUGUCCAACGAACGGAACGGCAGAUGGAUCAUGAUCCUUGACAGCGCUGACGACCGCGAUGUGUUCUACAAUGCUAAUAUUGCCCACGGCACGACCAGCGGCGAUGAGCGCGACAGGCGACCGUUUGUGACAUACUUACCGCAGAGCCAAAACGGAUCGAUUAUUGUUACAACACGUAACAAGGAUUUAGCAUUCAGACUGAGCGGGCGCCGUCAAAACAUAAUCGAAGUCGGACCGAUGGCGCAGACGGAUGCCCUCACGCUCCUGGAGAAGAAGCUAGGAUCGCCCGCGGAUCUAGAUGUGGCGGCCGAUCUCGUACAGGCGCUUGACCUCGUUCCGUUGGCCAUUAGCCAGGCUGCCGCCUACAUACAGGCACGGGCGCCGCGGAGCUCACCCGAGAAGUAUCUAACUAAGUUCCGGAAGAGUGAGCACAGAAAGAGCAGUCUUUUACAGUACGAUGCUGGGGACCUACGACGGGAUGGAGGCGCGUCGAACGCGGUUCUCACGACAUGGCAGAUAUCCUUUGACUAUAUCCGGUCCAAGCGGCGCUCUGCGGCGGACCUCCUGUCGCUUAUGAGCUUUUUCGACCGGCAAGGCAUUCCUGGGUGGGUUCUUAAACCACCUAGAGUUACUAAGCAGGAGGUUCCAGGACGGUGUUUAGACGAUGCCGGAGAUACAGACUUUGGUAACGGCAGUAGUGCUUCAGAUGGUGACAUGGAUGGUGAAACAGAUGGUGGCCUCACAGAUGAUAGUGCAGAUACUAUUGAUGAUGGAUUCGAAGAUGAUGUGGCGAUGCUGAGAGACUACUGCCUUAUAGCAACGAAUGAGAUGGACGAGUUUGAGAUGCACGGGCUUGUGCAGUUCUCGACGAGGAAGUGGCUGGAACAAUCGGGGCAGCAGGAGACGUUGAAACAGAAGUUUAUCGAGCGAAUGGCAGCCUCAUUCCCAAGUGGAGACUAUAAGAACUGGGCGACUUGUCGAAAUCUCUUCGCACACGUUCAAGUGGUCCUCGGUUACCGACCCAGCGAGAAUAGGGAGGAAAUAUGGGCGACGCUUUUGUAUAAUGGGGGUUGGUUUGCAUGGUCGCAAGGGAGAUACGAGGUGGCACAGCAGAUGGUAGGCAAGGCGAGAAGAGCCUUCGAGAAGAGGUUAGGAAAAGAGGAUGCGGCGACUCAAGCUAGCAUGUCACUGUUUGCUCAGGUCCUUUUGAACCGAGGCCAGUGGGAGGAGGCCGAGAAGCUGUUUAUGCAGGUGGUGGAGACGAGCAAGACCAAUCUUGGGGCCGAUCACCCUUCUACGCUGACGAGCAUGGCCAACCUAGCCUCGACAUAUAGGAAGCAGGGCCGGUGGGAGGAGGCCGAGAAGCUGGACGUGCAGGUGAUGGAGACGAUCAAGACCAAGCUUGGGGCCGAUCACCCAGAUACGCUGUCGAGCAUGGCCAACUUAGCGUCGACAUAUAGGAAGCAGGGCCGGUGGGAGGAGGCCGAGAAGCUGGACGUGCAGGUGAUGGAGACGAUCAAGACCAAGCUUGGGGCCGAUCACCCAGAUACGCUGUCGAGCAUGGCCAACUUAGCGUCGACAUACAGGAACCAGGGCCGGUGGGAGGAGGCCGAGAAGCUGUUUGUGCAGGUGAUGGAGACGAGCAAGACCAAGCUUGGGGCCGAUCACCCAGAUACGCUGACGAGCAUGGCCAACCUAGCCUCGACAUAUAGGAACCAGGGCCGGUGGGAGGAGGCCGAGAAGCUGGACGUGCAGGUGAUGGAGACGAGCAAGACCAAGCUUGGGGCCGAUCACCCUUCUACGCUGACGAGCAUGGCCAACCUAGCCUCGACAUAUAGGAACCAGGGCCGGUGGGAGGAGGCCGAGAAGCUGGAGGUGCAGGUGAUGGAGACGAGCAAGACCAAGCUUGGGGCCGAUCACCCAGAUACGCUAACGAGCAUGGCCAACCUAGCGUCCACAUAUAGGAACCAGGGCCGGUGGGAGGAGGCCGAGAAGCUGGACGUGCAGGUGAUGGAGACGAGCAAGACCAAGCUUGGGGUCGAUCACCCUUCUACGCUGACGAGCAUGGCCAACCUAGCGUCGACAUUUUGGAACCAGGGCCGGUGGGAGGAGGCCGAGAAGCUGGACGUGCAGGUGAUGGAGACGAGCAAGACCAAGCUUGGGGCCGAUCACCCAGAUACGCUGACGAGCAUGGCCAACCUUGCUUUUACUUGGAAAAGUCAAGGUCGACAUUCAGGCGCCUUAGCCUUAAUGAAGGACUGUGCCCAGGCUCGGCAGCGACUACUUAGUGCAGAGCAUCCAUCCACGCUGUUAUCUUUGGCCACCAUCGCCGAGUGGAGUAGAGAACAUGUUUCUUAGUUUCGUUAUGACGGUAUACUAUAUCUGGAUCAUGUG